GCCAGGAGAAGGAGAGGCCGGGCGAGGAGGAAUGUCGCUACCCUUUAGUUUUUUGGAAUCAUGUAUGGAACCAUGGAAAUUACGCUCUCUCUGUGCUCUUGGAACCAUAGAGUUUUAAUAUAGCGAGAAACUCUAUGAUUGGGACGACUCUAUGGUAGGAAAACCAGCCGGCGCAUGCAAAUCUCGGAGGCCAUAAUACGUCUAGACUAAGUGCUACUGUCACGUAUAGAUGACGCCACAUAUUUCGUUUUUCUUCCUUUUUUUUGUUUUAGAUUUGACACCACGGCGUAUUCACUUUUGUGACGUUGUGAUUCGCUCGUUUUUGGCGCAGCGGCGUGAAAAAGCAGCAUUGGUUGCGGCGCUGCGCGUUCGCUGUGCCGCGUUGAACAUUGUAAAGCAUGACGAUUGAAGUAAACAUAAACUUGGACAUGCACCCAACGUGCGUGGACCUCGUAUUCCCUGACGGUGUACCCAAGGGGGGAAGUGUCCAGCUAAAUUUACUCCGCCUUUCGUCCAGGUUUGCGUACGUAAAUGAACGCGAGUGUGUUCCCGUCGUCAGGCGGAAGUCAAGCGUACUCGACCAGCGGUAUCUCGAAGAGAACAUCACGGUGCAUGCGUUUCACGAGGACGACGGCCAUCCGCUGUGCUUUCUGAAAGCGGCAGCAGCAGGAGCCCGCGAUGCGGGAAUUCAAUACGGUGAAGGGACUGCAGCAGCCGUCACGGACAAUGACAAGACCACUUUGUCGCCGCCAGCGGUUCACGAAACGGUUGAUGAUACAGAAGCAGACGUUGUUGAAGCCGGCAAUGACGAUGUCGUCGCCGAAGAGGACUUCAUGGCGCGGGAAACUACAGUGUGUGGUAAGGCAGAAGUCGCGCCCCGAUCGCGUUUACCACAGUCAUUUACGUACGUCUGCGGAGUUUGCCUUUUCCAGUCGAAGCACAAGGAAGAAGCCCUGGAACACGUCAAACGUCACGACAGUGUUCCCGACCCUGCUCGCGCUUCCGAGAUCAACAAGCCUCCAUCGAAGGGGGCAGCCGUGCGCGACAAUAUCGUCAUACCGAAAGUGCUUCGGCCGAAGAAGAAGGUUGCAGUAUUCAAGUGCACCGAAUGCAGCAAACAGUUCCCGGCCGACGGUCUGUUGCGGAUUCACGUACGCAUAUACCACGGGGGUCCGCUGCAAUGCAAACACUGUUCGUCCAAGUUUCGCAGCGAGCAAGAGUUGGACAAGCACAUGCAAAGUGACCAUCUGGAUCGGGCGCCGUACCUGUGCUCGUACUGCGCAAGCGCCUUUUUCAGCGCCGACAUGUUGGCGGCGCACGAAGUCAAAUGUCCCGUCGCCAGGCAGCAGAGGCAGACAGUCGCCUGCCAGCUGUGCAAGUUCACGACGUCCGAGGCGAGCAGCCUGUGCCAGCACAUCCAGGAGGCACACACCGAAAAGGUGAUAUACACGUGCGAGCCUUGUGGUCACCUCUCACUCGACUUCAGUGUACACCAAGAGCACGUCAAGAGCCACGGACCAGACGGGAAGGCCCUAUCACGCAGUCCAGCCCCGACAUCUCGUUGCGGAGAGUCCGUACAGUGUCCCUUGUGCAAGAAGGACUUUAAGAACAGCCGAACGCUCAAGGAGCACAUAAAGCGCCAUCCGAGGUCUGUGAGACACGUGUGUGAGCUUUGUGGUGAGGGAAUCACAACAAAUGUAGCGCUCAUCAAGCACCUGAACCGACACAACAAGGAGGCGGCGCGCAAGUACCAGUGCCUCUUCUGCAGUAAGUGCUUCCAGACGACUUUCAGCGUGAGCCGCCACAUGAAGAACAUCCACUUGUUUGAUCAUGAGCACGGUUGUGAGCUCUGCCCGCAUAAAUUUGCGACAGUCAAGGAGAAGGCGGAGCACAUGGCCAAGGCUCACGUGGUAGCUAUGCCGAAGGGCAAGCGUGUCCAUAAGUGCGCAGACUGCAAUUUCGAGACCGAGAGCUUGGGUCGAUUUGAAAGGCACAGGGCGUCCCACACAGGUGUUUAUCCCUAUGAGUGCAGUGAAUGCCCUAGGCGUUUUGCAGCCAAGGAGGAGCUCAGCCGACACAUGCACAUCAUCCAUCCCAAGGGCCAGCAGAACUGUCCACAGUGUCCAAGGCUCUUCCAGGACCAACUGGAAUUUGACACGCAUCUGCAGUUGCACCAGGAUGGCCAAUCACAUCCAUGCGAAGAGUGCGGCCACCACUUUGAGAACGCGCAGGCACUUCUCGAGCACCGCAACAAGCGACACGACCUGAACCUGCCUUACGAGUGCCGCCUCUGCCACCAACGUUUUUGCAACAUUGGCCAGCGGGUGACACAUGUCCGCAAGUAUCAUCCGCGGGUGCUGCUCAAGUCUCACGUGUGCGACAUAUGUGGCUCAGCAUUCCGCUACCAAAGUGGCCUGGCCGUGCACAAACUCGACAAGCACACCGGACGCACCGAGGGGCGUCUCUUCGAGUGUGAAUACUGCGGCAAGGUGUUUGGACGCAGCAAUGUGCUGGCCAUGCAUCUUCGCCUGCACACUGGCGAGCGGCCCUACUUGUGCCAGCACUGUGGCCUGACCUUCCGUAACCCCACCAACCUGAAGUAUCAUACUGUCAACAUGCACACCAAAAACUACGCCGUUUCCUGCCCAAUCUGCUCCCGCGGGUUUGUUGUGCGACGAAAACUUGCCAAGCAUCUCAUGCAGGUGCACAAGGUAACUGGCAUGGUGAACACGUCAUCACGAAAGGGCCGUGCCAAACCAGUCUACAUUGAACACACCACAGUGCCUGUGGUGUCGGCGGAGACCGGCGACGACAUGGUGCUUAAUGUGAUGCAGAUUGUGGACACUGCCAAUCAGGAGGUGACUGCCACAGAACUCAGCCAUGCAGUCACGGAACUCAAUAGUGAUGUCACUACGACUGAAGACACGGUGCAUCAGGCUCACCACGUGCACCAAUCCUCUCGGGCGUUCCUUAAGGAGGUCCAGAAGAGGCUCUCGGAAGCACUUGCAAGCCUGGAGACCAUCCGAAGCAAGUAAAACUGUAUAUACUAACACUGCAUGCAGGGUGAAGUUAACUGUAUGUGUGAGAUGACUGCACAUAAUAUAUGUCAUUUUGCUAAGUUGCCAUUGUCUAGCAAUGUCUUGUCUAGUUGCCAUUGUCUACCACAUGGGGUUAUAAAUAAAAUUUGAUAAUUCCUUC